AUGGCGGCUCCACAGUGUUGUGGUGACUCAAAGAGCGACGAGUGUGCACAAAGACAAGGUCGCUACCAAAUGGCAACAUUUGCCGAGUUACCUGCUGAGCUUCGACUCAAGAUUUGGUCCUGCGCUGUGGAACCUCGGGUUGUCAUCUUGGACGACCUGGUUCACCAGAAGCAGGCAUAUCAACUGCCUUCGGUCACGCAAUUGAAUGCGGAAGCCCGCGCGGAGACUCGCCGAGGCUAUGAACCAGUUGGGCGCGGGUCAUGUUUUCACUUUUCACGAGACAUAUUGGUUUGUGACGCCAAUAUUUCGGACCAGAGUCCAAAUACGCCACUGGAGGAGCUGGCGUUGCGCGUGCAACGGCUCGCCUUCUGGGACUGCUUUCCCGACGAUGGUCGCAUAGACGGCCUGUGCCAUUACUCGCAGUACCUUGCACGAUGCUACCCCGGCGGGCACGACGGCAAAAUCGAGUUUGACAAGUUUUGGUUUCCAAAUCUGCGAGAUCUCUGGAUCGUCAAGGUCGGCGAGGUAGAUCGGUCUUGGAUGGUGGGUGUCGAUCAGGACGUGCCGUGCGAGGUUCGUCUUCGGAAAACGGCACGACAGUUUCGAUACUGGGUCGAUGACAACAUCGUUGAAAUUGCGCCACUGGACUUGAACGAAGCAGAGACCAAGCUGAUCCUGCGGGAGGGGAGAUGCGGCAAAGUAGAUUGCCAAGAGCUGAACCACGGCCGGCAGAGAAUGGUGUCGAAAAUCGUCUUUGUCGAUGGCAAGUACAACACCGACAGGCAAGACGACAAGGCAAACAAGUGGAAGCGCAUUUGCCCUUGGUCCACCACUCUCGAGCAAGGGAGUACGGAGAGCGAUGCAUCUGCCAACCGAACGAGGUGGAUCAUGGUUGAGCGCAUUCUGACAUUUUCACUACGAUGGCAUGGUUCUGAAGAGUUGGACAAGCCGUCAUCUGAUCAUCGACGUGUACGCCACGUGCAGGGGGCGAUCAAGCCCGUGUGA